CUUCCCUCAUGUAUUCUUCAUGCGGUUGAUCCUCUCCGGUCGGCCGGUGCAGCUCCGGGCAUUCAUGGACCCGAAGCGUCCGCUGUGUGCUGCUCUGUGACGGGCUGCAGAGGCUGAAUCUCCGCGGACUCGAACCUGGAACUUCUCCUCCUCUCCUCCUUCUUCCUCCUCUCCUCCUCCUCUUCUCUCUGCGUCAUGUCUUUUGGCACCAACACAAAAACGGGCUUCUCCGUGCGGGACAUCCUGGAUCUCCCGAACCCGACCGGCGGCAGAGGCGGCUCCGGGACCGAGGAGACCGAGGAGGACGACCCCGAGGAGGCCUCCGCGGAGGUUUCAGGGCCGGGAAGCGGAACGCAGAAACUGGGAUUUAACGGCGGGAGCUACGGCAGGUGGAGCCGAGGACCCGUACACGGUGUUUCCGGCACCGGGUCCAAAUCUCCCGAGCUGUUCACGGAUGAGUCCCCGGACGCAGCGCGCGCUCCGGCGGGCGCCGCGCCGCAGAGGAGCCGCGGCAGGAAGCGGCGCGUGCUCUUCUCCAAGGCGCAGACCUUCGAGCUCGAGCGCCGCUUCCGGCAGCAGCGUUACCUGUCCGCCCCGGAGCGGGAGCACCUGGCCGGGCUGAUCCGCCUCACCCCGAACCAGGUGAAGAUCUGGUUCCAGAACCACCGCUACAAGAUGAAGCGUGCCCGCGUGGAGCACAGCCUGGAGGCGCUGCAGCUGCUGCCGACCCGCCGGGUCGCCAUCCCGGUUCUGGUGCGGGAUGGGAAGCCCUGUGAUCGGAUCACAGCGCUGGACCUGGAGGCGACGCUCCGGUCCGGCUUGGGUCUGCCUCUGUGCGCCUACUCCCCGCUGCUGCACCCCGCGUACGGCCCGGAGCACGCCGGGCUGCCGCACAUGUACCAGUGGAGCUGGUGAGGACACGAAAACAAACCCGGUUCAUGAGUUCGAGUCCGGCCUGAAACAUCAGAAUAAUCCACUUUAAUCCAGAUCGGACAGAAAUCUAAUCCACAAAUAAACUUUUUGAUUUUCUCUGCUCAGACUCCACGUGUUUAAAAUGUGUUUAAAAUGUCACAGUGAUCCAACAUGGAUCAAAUGUUCUGCUGAUGUUAAAGUAACGUUCCUCUGUGUUUUAUAAAUCUAUUUAUAAUGUUGACGUGA